CGCGCCGCCGCUCGCGCGCGCGACUUGCCGCACGUACUAUCUGUUGCGCGCCGAGCGCGGUGGACGCGCUACGAACGCGCCGCACGCGACCCUACCGCCCGCCCUUCACGCAACCGUAAACAAAUUACUACGUAUCCCAAUGCUCCUUACGCUUCUGUGAAACCCCACUUUGUUUCCACUUCGACUUAUGUGAUUGAGUUUUUGUGACUUUUACGUCUGUCAGUGAUAAGUGCCGACUAGGGGUAAACGGCCCGUCUGCCGCCCACGGACUGUAGUAGUGCUGUAGUAACCGCGCCAGACUUGCCCACUGGGUGAUGCACCGACUCAUAACACUAGUCAACGACUUCGGCAACUCGUAAACACUACUAUUACACUAAGAUUGGAACGUAAGCAAUAAACUACAAUUAAUGAUGGUGGACCGUGAUUUGAGCAGUAUCCUCCGAAAAUACAACACGAACAUAUGCGCGGUGGAGUCUCGGUGAGAGGGCAUGGAGGGCGCGGACGGCCGCGAUGAGCUGCUGGAAUGGGAGGCGUUGUACCUGCGCCUGCCGCUGCAGAACUCGACGUGGAACGCCACGGAGUGGGACCCUGCCACAUGGAACGUCACCGUGGUGCCCAACGCCACCUGGUGGGAGGCUGCCGCGCCCUUCGACUCGCCGGCCGCGCUGGUCCGCGCCGCCGCCAAGGCUGUUGUACUCGGACUACUGAUUCUCGCCACUGUAGUCGGAAAUGUAUUCGUGAUAGCAGCAAUAUUGUUGGAGAGGCACCUGCGCAGCGCUGCGAACCAGCUGAUCUUAUCACUGGCGGUGGCGGACUUGCUGGUGGCGUGCCUGGUGAUGCCGCUGGGGGCUGUGUACGAGGUGGCGCAGCGCUGGACGCUGGGCCCCGAGCUCUGCGACAUGUGGACCUCCGGAGACGUGCUGUGCUGCACCGCCUCCAUACUGCAUCUCGUUGCUAUUGCACUUGACAGGUACUGGGCUGUGACAAACAUCGAUUAUAUCCACGCAAGAACCGCUCGCCGGGUGGGCCUCAUGAUUGCUUGCGUGUGGGUUGUAAGCUUCCUGGUGUGUAUCGCACCUCUGCUGGGAUGGAAGGAUCCCGACUGGGAUCGGAGAGUCUCAGAAGACCUACGCUGCGUUGUCAGUCAGGACGUAGGUUAUCAAAUUUUUGCGACAGCAUCGUCGUUCUACGUGCCAGUUCUCGUAAUAUUAAUAUUGUACUGGCGGAUAUAUCAAACUGCUAGAAAAAGAAUACGUCGACGGCGAGGGGCGACGGCGCGCGGCGGAGUGGGACCUCCGCCCGUGCCGGCCGGCGGAGCGCUGGUCGCAGCCGGCGGCAGUGGCGGGAUCGCAGCCGCCGUCGUCGCGGUCAUAGGACGACCCCUGCCGACUAUAUCCGAAACGACUACUACGGGAUUCACAAAUGUAUCUUCGAAUAAUACGAGCCCCGAGAAACAGUCGUGCGCCAACGGCCUCGAGGCAGACCCACCGACGACGGGCUACGGCGCCGUAGCCGCCGCCUACUACCCGACGCUAGUGCGGCGCAAACCCAAAGAGGCCGCGGACUCCAAGCGUGAGAGGAAAGCGGCGAAAACAUUGGCAAUAAUAACCGGCGCGUUCGUAGCGUGUUGGCUUCCCUUCUUCGUAUUGGCGAUUCUGGUGCCGACGUGUGACUGCGAAGUGAGCCCCGUGCUGACAUCGUUCUCGCUGUGGCUGGGCUACUUCAACUCGACGCUGAACCCGAUCAUCUACACGGUGUUCAGCCCGGAGUUCCGGCACGCAUUCCAGCGGCUGCUGUGCGGGCGGCGCGCGCGUCGCCGGCGCGCCCCGCCGUAGCCUCUCCCUCCCCUCGCCCCUACCCGACUGACCUCGUCUAGUUCGAAACAUACUUAUGUUACCUUGUUACAUUUUCAGAGAUAUAUUUACACCCCUUUAUUUUUUGUACGUGAUGAAUGUGAAUACGAAAACCUGUCUAGUAAAUAAAUCACAAAUUCUCUUUACAA